UUCUAUAGUUCCGCAUUUGAAGCGUGUUCUCUGCGUGCGCUGCGUGCGGUUACAACAGUUACAAUUCGUGCGCACUCUGAAAUUUGGGUUCGCGGAGCUGGUUGUAAUCGAAGAGCUUGCAUACGCUUGGCGGGAAGCACGCGCCAUGGAAAGCGAAUACGAGAGCUCAUCGCACAUACCAGUAUCCACAACUCUUGCUGCGGCUGCAAGGCCAAACAUGGAACCACGCAUGCUUGGUGCUUUGCACAUAUUGGAAGCUGCCAACUCUUUUACGGAACUGCAAUUCCAUGAUUCACCACCAUACAGUCCAGGACCCGCAUAUGUGACCGGGGCUACAAGGUCACAAACAGACCCACAAGUGCUCGCCUUCAUGGAAAGGAUACUACAAGUGUUAAAUAGCAUAAAGCACACCCAGCAAGCCCAUUUGCAAUAUUUCAACGAGCUGCUAAGUAAUGCCGACAGUGCAGCUCCGCACCCUCAUGGCCUCCCAGACCUGCCUUUCUCGAAUGUGGCGGAUGUUCUCGCGUAUGAGGAGAACCUCGAGACAGACAGACAGCCAAGCUGAUGAUCAAAUGAAAAAGUACAUGGCUGUACAAGAGGGAGAUUCGACGAAACAGAGAAGAACACGUGUACUGCAGUCCCUCCUCAGCUGGAAUUCUGCAGUGGGCUUCAGUUGGUUUGGCACAAAGGGAAAAAAAGAAUCUGUGAACUGCUCCUCUGCAAGCUGAUGUGCGGCGUGUUGACUAAUGACAUCCAAAACCCGAAUGCGAGCCUGAAGGAUGUGGAGAAGGCUGCGAUGACCUGGUUCCGUCAUACUGCUGAGCGGCUUGCCGCGCAACAAAAAUAGUUUCUUUCUUUGUUUGUUCAACUAAUAAGAUAAUCCUGAAGGUCAGUUAUUUGCUGCAAAUUCUCUGCAUUGUGUGUAUUAAAAUUUGUGUUUUUCUUCA